CCCUUCUCUCCCUUUUUAGUCUCUCCUUCUCUCUUCUUCUUCUUUUCAAAUUUCAUUUCUCCUUCUCCCCUUCUAUCAUCAGACUCCUCCAACUCCAACUCCAACUCCCCCCCUUCUCUCUGUUUUACGCACCAAAUCGCAAGGAUUCUUCGAUUACUCAGUUUCUUACCAAAUUCCCAGUAAAAAAAUCCAUCUGAAAUUGCUCAAGGAACCAAAAGCGGUGUCGUAAUGGGACCGAAUUUCAUCGACGAGAUAGAUUGCGGCAGCUUCUUCGACCACAUCGAUGAUUUGCUUGAUUUCCCCGGCGAGGACAUAGAGGCCGGGUUGGGUUCCGCUGCAGAUUCCAACUCGCUCCCUACCAUCUGGCCGACUCAGUCGGAGUCGCUUCCGGGUUCCGAAUCGGUUUUCUCUGGGAACAGCAGUUCCGACCUCUCCGCAGAGCUCUCCGUUCCGUACGAGGAUAUUCUUCAGUUGGAAUGGCUUUCAAAUUUUGUUGAGGAUUCCUUCUCUGGAGGAAGUCUCGCAAUGAACAAAGAAGAAUCUUCAUGUGUCACCAAGGACUCAUCUCACAACCAAUUCCAGACUUCCAGUCCUGUUUCUGUCCUUGAAAGCAGCAGCUCCUACUCUGGAGACAAGACUGCUCCGCGUAGCCCGGACACUGUUGCUGUUGGAAGGUGUGGACGUCCGCGCAGCAAGCGUCCACGCCCUGCAACUUUCAAUCCUCGCCCUAGCCAACUCAUAUCCCCCCUCUCUUCAGUCAACGAGAAUUGGACAAUGCAGCCCCUUGUGGCUGAUCCUAGCCCUAAGGGGUCUUCCGAUUCGGAGAAUGUCGUGCAGUCACGACUUGUUAUCAAAAUACCAAAGCAAGUUGCUACGGAGCAUAAGAAGAAGAAGAAGAAGAUCAAGCUUUCUGCUCCUGAAGGGAAUUCGGAUACAAACCAGAAUCAACCAUCGCAACCAGUGAGGAAAUGCAUGCAUUGUGAGAUAACAAAGACUCCGCAAUGGAGGGCUGGGCCUAUGGCCAAAGACACUUUGCAAUGCUUGUGGUGUGCGCUAUAAGUCUGGCCGUCUUUUCCCUGAGUACCGGCCUGCUGCUAGCCCAACAU